ACUCACCUCCCUUGGCACUUCGACUCUCUUUGAAGCCUUUCUUUGCUGGGGCGCCUGCAGCUGGCGACUUCAGACUUUCGUUGCUCGCAUUGGAUGGCCCAUUCUAUCUGACUUUAUAUCUUGUGAAUGCUCUCAGCGUUGGUAGACUGGAGGGCAAAAAGUUGAGGAAACAAUGUUAGCCCGGACGUUUGUCUGGAGGGCCCGCUUCCUUGCCAGCUGGCCCCGCGAGCCAGUGCCACUUCCCAAUCCUUCCUUUUCCAGUGCCGCUUACCAAUUCUCUGAUGAAAGGGUUUCUUCUCCAUUGCUACAAGGCUCCUGUCAAAAAAGCACUGAUAAGAAUGGCCCUUCUUCACCACAUGUCUCCUCCCACUUUGACACUGAGAGACAUUCAAUGGCAGCGGCUGCUGCACAAGCAUUGAACGAACAUAGCGGCCAUAGUGGAGUCUAUCGCCAUAUCAUCUUAUCCUCCGUUGCCUCCAGCCUUGCUCCAACACUAGCAUGCUCAGGAGUGGUGCAGUCUCAAAAACCUCUUUUCUCCCACCCACAACUUCCACCAGUCCCAUUUGAGCAAAGUGUUCAGCAGUCAUGGUCUUCAUCUAAGCAAUCAGAAUGUCCAAGUGAACAUCAAGCAAGCUGGUCUUUUGAGCACAUAGGUGGUGCGACAAGACUUUGGGCCAGCGCAUCACAUUGGACCUAUGCGAGCAAUUUACCUCAGUAUAAGCCCCGGAAUCCAUUGCGGCAAGUAACAAGAGAGGGGUUAAGUCUGAGCCAGACUCGGCAAAUUAGCACAGAAAGAGAGGAUAAGCAGAAGCAACCAGUAGAGAGCGCAAGCCUGGCAGACGCACCAGUGGGGCCAACAAAUCAAGAGACGGAAGUAAGUGAAACAGUGGGGGUCAAAGAAGAAGAAGCGGUUUCAAGUAGGCAAGACACGGAGAAAGCGGAGGGCUGGUCGACUUGGACCAAAGAUGAGGCAUUUAACUUGCCCAACGGUAUCUCAAUGGCGCGGCUGAUUUCAGGUCCUGCAAUUGGGGGACUGAUUGUCGCUGGCUACCAUCGCGCGGCGUUGGGGGCGCUUGUGGUUGCAGGCCUCAGUGACUGGUUGGACGGUUAUGUGGCCAAGCACUACAACCAUGCGUCCACUCUUGGGUCGUACUUGGACCCUUUGGCUGACAAGGUGCUGAUGGGGAGCGUGGCUGUUGCGCUGGCCUGGCAAGGGACGUUGCCAGUGUGGCUGGUGAGCCUGGUGGUCGCCCGAGACGGUGCGCUCGUGGGGGCUGCCGCGCUGCACCGUGCAAGGACGCUAGGAUGGAAGUGGAACGGCUGGAGCUCCUACUUCCAACUCGGAGAAGGCGGGGCGCCCAAAGUUCGACCGCUUUUCAUCAGCAAGGCAAACACCGUUUUUCAGCUGGCCCUGGUGGGAUCUGCUCUGACGCACUUGGCUUACGGAGUUCCGGCUCCGGCAGGUGUUUCGGCUCUCUGCUAUCUGGUGGGCACUACGACCAUCCUCUCGUGGAUCGGCUACCUCAUUGUCUAUCUACGAAAUCCGUCAAGGCUCGUUCUUUAACAAGGUAGGGUCGAUUUGACUUGAACGAGUGCCAAACGGAGGAUCAGCUAGCUUGUAAACGAGAUCAAAGGGUUGCCCUGUUUUUGACUUCAGCUCCUAAGAAAUGGGGACGUGUCAGGCAGGCAAUCCAUCUUUGGUGGGUCAGCUUAGGUACUUUGUGCUUCGAGGGCGAGACGUCACAGUUGGGCCGGACUUUUGACCUACAAACUUUAGCGACUCAUUGAUUUGGCUCCCUUCAUUCGUGAAUCCCAACCUGGCCGCCCCUAUUAGGGAAGUUGCGACAGCCCACGC